GGUCACAGUGUACUAAUGACAGUGACAUGUUUAAUGGUCAGUCCCUCCCAGGGUCACAGUGUACUAAUCACAGUGACAUGUUCAUUGGCCGGUCCCUCCCAGGGUCACAGUGUACUAAUGACAGUGACAUGUUUAAUGGUCAGUCCCUCCCAGGGUCACAGUGUACUAAUGACAGUGACAUGUUUAAUGGUCGGUCCCUCCCAGGGUCACAGUGUACUAAUGACAGUGACAUGUUUAAUGGUCAGUCCCUCCCAGGGUCACAGUGUACUAAUGACAGUGACAUGUUUAAUGGUCAGUCCCUCCCAGGGUCACAGUGUACUAAUGACAGUGACAUGUUUAAUGGUCGGUCCCUCCCAGGGUCACAGUGUACUAAUGACAGUGACAUGUUUAAUGGUCAGUCCCUCCCAGGGUCACAGCGUACUAAUGACAGUGACAUGUUUAAUGGUCAGUCCCUCCCAGGGUCACAGUGUACUAAUGACAGUGACAUGUUUAAUGGUCAGUCCCUCCCAGGGUCACAGUGUACUAAUGACAGUGACAUGUUUAAUGGUCAGUCCCUCCCAGGGUCACAGUGUACUAAUGGCAGUGACAUGUUUAAUGGUCAGUCCCUCCCAGGGUCACUGCGUACUAAUGACAGUGACAUGUUUAAUGGUCGGUCCCUCCCAGGGUCACAGCGUUCUAAUGACAGGGACAUGUUUAAUGGUCAGACCCAGGAUGAUAGUGUUUAA